AUGAUCAAAGCCCGCCCACAAUAUGCGGGCCAGUUUGACAUUGUCCAAAUUCAAGAUUUUGAGAAUCCAGGUGGCCUUACAGAAGCCGUAAAGGGCGUCGAUGGCAUAAUCCACACAGCCAGCGUAUCUCGCCCUGCCAAUCGCAGACUAGACCAGAAGCUGACCGUUUUGUCCUAUACAAUAGCCAUUGAUAGGCAGUUAAAGGCAGCUAGCACGAAUCCGUCUAUCCGUCGCAUCGUGAUCACAUCUUCCUUCGCGUCCGUAGUUGAUAUCAAUCGGAAGGGUCCACCUUACUUCACACACACCGGCAAAGACUGGAACCCUCUUACAUAUGAAGAGGCGGCAGACCCAGCUACCACCGCGGUGGUCGCCUAUCGCGGCUCAAAGAAAUUUGCCGAGCUCGAAGCAUGGAAUUACGUGAAAAAUAACAAACCGUCAUUCGACCUUGUCGCCUUGUGUCCGCCCAUGACCUUCGGACCGGUCGUCCACUCAGUUGCAAAUGUCGAUCAGUUGAACAAGACGGAUUCCAUGCUAUGGAGUGUCGCUGCAGGAAAAAGUCCACUGCCGACUGUCCAUGUUCCUUUCUGGAUCGAUGUCCGUGAUCUUGCUAUUGCGCAUGUGGAAGCUCUCCUUCGCGAGGAAGCGGGCGGCAAACGCUAUAUUCCAGCCUCUCCUCACGAAUUCUCCUACUCGCAAGCUGCAGAUAUUAUUGCAGCAUCAUUCUCAUCUUUGAAAGAAGUUGUUUCGAAGGAAAGGCAGGCGAUCGAAGACAAUCAUGGUGUGGAUGGAGAGACCGCAGCCAAGGAGCUGGAGUAUGGAUACCACUCGUUUGAAGACACUGUGAAAGAUUUUGUCACGCGGGCAUUAGGUAUAAGCAAAUAA